AAAUUUAAAAAAAUUCAAGCUCUGAAGAAUUAUACGAUUAUCACUUCAAAUUUCCCUCUCAAGAAGUAGUAGGGAUAAACAGGAAGGCAGUGGAUGGUCAGCCAUUUGUAACCUUAGCGCUCAGUCGUGCUUGUGACGCCGGUAGUGUUGUAUCAGUGACGGUAUUAUGUUUGUGUUCGGCUUCGUACGAAAUAUGUGCCUGAUAUAAAAGGAAGUGAAAUGUUCUGGCUGCUUCUAUUAUUUGGCCCUGCUGCUGGCUUCCAGGGCAAGAUAACCACCCGUGUUUCAGAGCGCGACAGCCUACCUCACCACAACAAAUGCGAGCCUAUCACUGUACCAUUUUGUCAACACAUGCCUUAUAAUGACACUAUCAUGCCAAAUAUCUUAAACCAUGCCAAACAGGAGGACGCGGCUCUCGAAGUGCACCAGUUCUAUCCAUUAGUGAAAAUAAAGUGCAAUUCUAAUCUCCAGUUCUUCUUAUGUUCCGUGUAUGUCCCUGUGUGUACAAUUUUGGAUCGUCCUAUACCGCCUUGUCGGUCGCUCUGUUUGUCAGCUAGGCAAGGCUGCGAAGAAAUAAUGAACAAAUUCGGUUUUUCGUGGCCAGAAAAUCUAGAUUGUGAAAAAUUUCCUGAACCUCCAGAUAUUUGCGUAGGUGAAAACAACACCUCUAAUAACGGGAGUACUCAUAAAAACAAAUUUGUUCAAACACCACCUCCGAAAGAAGAGAUACCUGAAGGUGCUGUCGAUUAUGGAUUUGUUUGUCCGGCUCAGUUCAAGGUACCAAAAGGUAUGGACUAUCAGCUUAAGGUGGGAGAUAAAAUAGAAAAAGACUGUGGUGCACCCUGCGACGGAAUGUUCUUUUCCGAAACGCAGCGAAAAUUCGCAAAGAUCUGGGUGGGUGUUUGGGCGAUCCUCUGCGCUGCUUCGUGCCUCUUCACCGUUCUCACCUUUAUGAUAGAUACAGACAGGUUCAGGUACCCAGAGAGGCCAAUCAUAUUUCUUUCUCUAUGCUAUCUUAUGGUCGCCUCGGCAUACAUUAUUGGUUUCAGCUCAGGUGACAGUAUUGCUUGCAGAAAACCGUUCACAUCUCCCGUGGAUAUUCCUAGGUUGCCAAUGGUCCCUACUAUAACUCAGGGAACUAAACACGAGCCUUGCACUAUACUUUUUAUGGUUCUCUAUUUCUUCGGUAUGGCAUCCUCUAUUUGGUGGGUGAUAUUGACUCUGACAUGGUUCCUUGCCGCUGGAUUGAAAUGGGGUCAUGAAGCCAUUGAAGCGAAUUCUCAGUAUUUUCAUUUAGCAGCUUGGGCUGUACCAGCUAUUAAAACCAUCACCAUUCUCGCCAUGGGCAAAGUUGAAGGUGACGUCCUGACUGGUGUGUGCUACGUCGGGCUUUGGGACGUGGAGACUUUGAGGUCCUUCGUGCUGGCACCGCUCUUCGUCUACCUGGUCCUGGGCACCAUCUUCCUCUUGGCCGGAUUCGUUUCACUCUUCAGGAUCCGGACAGUUAUGAAGCACGACGGUACCAAGACGGACAAGCUGGAAAAGCUGAUGAUCCGGAUUGGUGUGUUUUCCGUAAUGUACACGGUUCCCGCCCUGGUGGUGCUAGCCUGCCUCGCCUACGAACAGGCCUACAUGGAUCACUGGAUGCUCACCUGGAACAUGGAGAUGUGCGCUAAGCCUGGACAACACACUGCCUACUCCAUUCCCUGCCCCGUUGGAGAGCGAGCCAAGGGCCUCGGCCGGAAGCCGGAGUUCGAGCUCUUCAUGAUCAAGUACCUCGGGGCCAUGGUCGUCGGGAUCACUUCUUCCUUCUGGAUAUGGUCGGGGAAAACCCUCGCCUCCUGGAGGAACUUCUUCGACAGGGUCCGAGGGCGGCGGUCGGAGGCCUACGUAUGAGAUAAGCCUUCGGCCGCUAUUCCUAUGACAGCGGUCGAAGCCAAGGAUGAUCCGUGAAGUUGCAAGUUGCUCGCGAUGGACUGCUUCUGUCAGAUAUCAGUGUGUUCUCAACAGCUUCGUCGACUAACUUGCCUUUUAACGUUUUCUUAUUGUUGUCUAAUGCCAUAGAUUUGGCCAUGAGUGUUUUUAUCUAACAAGUCUGUGCGGACUGUGUCUAGAAAUAUGAGAACUGGUGUUAUAACGGACCAAAGUCCUGAAACCUGUGAUAAUUUUAGAACUGUUGUAGGUUUCUUUGGGAUAGUUGUGGAUCCCUCGAAACCAUAAGUUACCUCGGAACAGUGUUCAAUCAAGAAAUCUCAAUUAUUAAAGGUAAUCGGUACCUUUUUGUAUAAUUUAGUAUCAUUCAUUUGUGCUAAAAGUACAUAUACUUCGACCCUGGCAAUUAUUUUUAUUUGACUUAAUUGUUUAGACCAGGCAAUUAUAAUUCUGUCUUACCACUUUUCUUAGUUACGAAUGUUGAUUGACAAAAUACAUAUAUAUUUUUUAAAUAUUUACUUAAGUUCUUACAAGAGAAAAGUGUUGAAUUUUCAUAUUUCAUCUAAUGUUCAUUGGUUGAUAUUAUUAUGUGUUGACAAAAUUUGUUGAUCGAAUCUGGUUAUCUAAAUUAUUUUAACGAUAUUUUCACUUUUUCUAUUUAAUAGUCAUUCAUGACAGAGUUUUUAUUUAUUUAUUUUUCUAAUUACCCAGCUAAAUAUUUUGAUUUCAAUUUAUUAUGUAUAAAAAAAAUUCCAUAAUUUUUAAUUGCA